AUGACUUAUGUCAUCAAUGCCACUUUUAAAAUAAAUGGCGGUCAUAACACCUUUUACAUCGGAGGCAACGACAAAGCUAGAGAAGGAGAUUGGAAAUGGCAGGAUGGUACCAAUGUGACAAUGAGAGGGGAAGAGGGAUAUCAAAACUGGAAAUUUAAUCAACCAAACGGUAAUACUCUAAAUAAUACGGAUGAUGAAGACUGUUUGGCAGUUGGCAGGGAAACGUAUGAGUGGGUUGACGUGAAAUGCGAUGAAAAUUUCUACUACAUUUGCCAAAAAAAAAUCAGCAUCGAAAUCAAGAACGGCUCUUCAGAACAAAGUAAAAUUUGCCGAACAAAGAAUUGCGAAGACACAACUGUUCAAUGGUAUAGGGAAUCUCAUGGUGAACUAGUAACAACUGGUUUCAAAGAAAAGGAAAUUUAUCAAAUCAUAAAUGGAAAUUCCUCCACACUAUACCUUGGCAGUGCGAACAUUUCGAAUAUAGGGAGAUACUUCUGUCGUGUUCAUAACUCGGGCGUUCAAAAACAUUUUGACUUCGAAGUAAAUGGUAAUCCAACAAUCACAUCGAUUACAAAUUCACUGUGUAACCAGAGUUUGUUCGUUACUUGGAAUCCAAGCAAAUAUGCAGUUGGUUUUCAACACAAAAUUAUAGCAAAUGAUUCUAAUACUAAAGAAAGCUUCUCAACAUUCAUUACCCCAAAAUCAAACACAUCAGUGACCAGUGAGAUUUUGGGAUUAAAAGCAACUACUGAAUAUAAUGUAACGAUCGUAGUUUGCGUCUCAAAAGAUGAAUGCGGCUCUGCAUAUUCAGAAAACGCAACUGCAACAACAGAUGGAAAAACCGAACCUGUGACAUCUGCAUCUCUAUCGGCCAACUGCUCUAUGCAAUGGAUUUGGAAAAAUAAUAACCAACCAGAAAACGUUACAGGUUUAAAAGUCACAAGAUAUUGCACUACAAUUGCCACAAGAUCGAACGUAAAGUCUCACCAUAAAGACUCAUUCAACAUAUCAUUGCAGCAAUCUUUUACUCCGGUACCCAACCGAAACUGCACAGUAUCAAUGCAGAUUAUUGGAUGUGCGGGACUGAGCGAAGCAGUAAAUUCAGCCGGAUAUUGUGUUGGAAAAACUGCAGCUCCGAAUGAAAUUGCAAAACCAGUUGUUUCUGAUGACGCCAUCGACAGUGACGGGAUUCGCAAAAUAACCGUGACUAAACCUGAUGAAAGCAACGGUUUGCUGAGCUGUUUAUUCAUCAUCGUAAAAGAUGGAUCAUAUGAACGGAAUAUCAAUUUCAGCAUGGAGAAUUUGAUCAAGGCGCAGAGCUCAACCACUGAAUACAUCGCAGUCGCGCUUCCAGUUUUCAAAUUUGAAAAAGUCAUCAAUCUUGGCGAUGAAUUAGAAUCUUUUUGUAGCGUUACCCAAACAAUCGACAUCGUAUCCAAAAAAAGAAGGCGGCUGAGAAGUGUCUCGGAAAAUACAUCGAUUGCAGGAAAAAAUCGGAAACUUGACAAAGAAAAAACUUACAGUGUGUUUGUUGUCUCAACAACGCCUUGUGGAAAUGAUAUCUGCAUGCAAACGAGUCCGCCAACACCAUUUAGAAAUGCUAAUGCUUUUCAAUCUUGGAUAAUUGCAGUAAUAGUAGCUGGAGCUUGCUUGUUGAUAGCUCUGCUGAUUAUGGUUGUAGUGAUAAAACGACGGAAGUUUCAAAAUGAAGAGGCAACAACUGGUGGUUAUGCUGAAGUGGGUUUACUGCAACAAACGAAAAUACUUCAUCAACCUCAUUUGGGUCCCUACAUCAACAUAACGGCAAAAUUCAAAUUUUCAAAAUCCUCCGAUACCGCUAUCAGCACUUCUGAUUUAGAAGAAGUUUACAAUUCAAUGAGAAAAAAAGAAAACUCACAGUUUUUGGAUCAAUUUCAGAAAAUUCUUUCGGAAGCUGCCAAACUAGGAGAGCCAAAAAAAUUUGCUUCCAAUCCUGAUCUAAAAAAAAAGAACAGAUACAAGAAUAUUCUUCCAUUUGAUGAAACUAGAGUGAAAAUAUCACCAGAAGGUUCGGGAUAUAUCAACGCCUGCUAUAUUGAUGGUCACAACAAGCGACGUAAAUACAUCGCAACUCAGGGACCUCUUGCAACAACUGUAAAUGAUUUUUGGCAGAUGAUAAUCGAACAUAAAUGCUAUUUGAUCGUGAUGUUAACGAAGGAAAAAGAGGCUGGGAAGAAAAAAUGUGAAAAAUAUUGGCCCGAUGAGAACAAAAACCAGGAGUUUGGUUCCGUGCUCGUGGAAAAUGUACACGAAGUCAACUACGGCUCGUUUAUAAAGCGAAGUUUUACUGUGAAGUCUCGUAAUAAGGGUCUUGAUGUCACGUUAAAUGUAUACCAGUACCAAUUCUUGAAAUGGCCUGACCAUGGUGCACCGGCAACCACUUCAGAUUUAUUGCGAAUGCAUCGGGCUGUGAUGGAAAACUAUGAGGAAAUCGGAAAGGGAUCUCCAAUUGUAGUCCAUUGCAGCGCCGGUGCAGGACGAACGGGGACAUUGAUUGGUUUUGAUAUUCUGCUUGAUGAAAGCAAGUCUGUAGGAUCUAUUGACGCCUUUGCUUGCGUUCUCAACAUGAGGAAACAGAGAGUGGAGAUGGUGCAAAAUUUGGAUCAAUACGUUCUCGUUCACAAGCUCGUAUUGGAAGCCAUCUUGUUUGAAGGCAGAGAUUUAUCUUCUGAUGAAGCAAAAGCUAAAUUGGAAAAGAUAAAGACUCCUGAUGGCGAAGCUUCAAUAAAGAAAGAAUUUGAAGAUUUAAAUCGAAUUGGACCAAUGAAAGACUCAAAAUUGCGUGGGCUCGAUGGUAAAAAUAAGAAAAUGAACAGAUCAAAGAAAUCUAUUCCAUACGACUACACACUGGUAACAAUAUUCAUGCAACAAGAUGAAGAUGAGAUUCCUUAUAUGAAUGCUUCGUGGGUAGAGAGUAAUGAUGAAUCAAGUCCAAUGAUCGCCUCUCAAGGUCCAACUUCAUCAAACAUUGAUUUAUUCUGGAGAUUGGUUCUGGAUAACAACGUUAAUACAAUCGUUAUGUUGACGAAACUCAAAGAAGAGAAAGAGGAACAAUGUUCUCAGUAUUGGCCUACAAAUGUUGGUGAAGUUAUGAAAUGGAAUAACUUAUCUGUAACUAGGAUUAGUGAUGAAACAGAAGCUCCCGUAACGGAGAGAAAAAUUCGAGUGGAGAGAGGACCUCAAUCAAAAACAGUGACUCAGUUCCAUUACAUUGGAUGGAAAUCAACAAGUUGCCCUGAAGAUGGAAGAGAAAUAAUUGAUCUGGUAAAUAGGAUGCAGAAAAAUAUCCGAUCAACUGGAAAUGGAGUCACUCUCAUACAUUGCAGUGAUGGUAUCGGUCGAACUGGUGUGUUCUGUGCAACAGUGAAUCUGAUAGAUCGAUUGAAAUGCGAGAAUCGAGUUGAUGUUUUCAGAACCGUGAAAGAUCUCAGAGAUGGAAGACCAAAUAUGGUGGAAAAUUUGGAUCAAUACAAGUUCUGCUAUCAAGCUAUCGUGGAAUAUCUGAAAUCAUUCGAGCUUUAUUCAAACUUCUAACUUUUUAUUACGACAUAAAACGUUUAUUU